GCGCAACGCCAGCUCUGACCUGAUGCCGGCGAGCAAACAGCUCGCCUGUAGACCCAAUGAACAGUGGGUAGACCGCUCACUACACGCAGGAGACAGCGACGGCGAAUCUGUUCGGAUACUUUUUCGGUUGUGGAUUAAAACCCGAUUAAAGCACCAUGUCCUCAAAUUCUAACCUGAUCAGCAUGCGUCGACUUGUGGAUCAGCUGAAGCUCGAGGCGAGCGUUGAGCGGAUAAAGGUGUCCCAGGCAGCGGCCGAGCUGCAGCAGUACUGCCUCCAGAACGCCUGUAAAGACUCUCUGCUGGUCGGGGUUCCUGCCGGGAGCAACCCGUUCCGUGAGCCGCGGUCCUGCUCCCUCCUGUAGACCCCAGGAGCUGCUGUAUCUGGACAGGAAGAGAUGACUGCAGCCUGACUGGCUUCAGCACUGUCUGACAGACAGGAACACACUUCACAGGCAUGUGGAACUGCUUCUCAACUAUUUUAGAUAUUUUUUAUUUUUAAACAUUUUGCUAAUAUUUGUAUACUUCUGUAAAUAAUUGGAAAAAUAUAUUUGAUAAAACAUAUAUAUUUUCUUUUUUUUUACUAGGCUGCCAAACCUUUACAGGUGUGUCACAUGACACAUUUUCUUCAUGUUAUCAUUGUAGCAUUAAACUAUGGACUGCUAUGGAUAUUGAAUUACAAGCUGGAGGUUUAUUAGUGCAUUCUACAUUCUACAAUAUUCAUCAAGCUGCAGUACUUUGUCACUAGCUAACUUUGAGUAACAAAUGUAAUGACACACUUAAAUAAUAAUGAAAAAAAGUUGGUACUAAAAUCGUAGCAUCACUGAAAAUCUAAAUGCAUACUCUUCAGCUUUACCUGUUCUGCACACCAAAAGGCAAAACAAAAAAACUUUCAUUCCACUAGUUUUUACUCAUUGUCAUGUUUUGAAACACUGGUCUAUUGUUCAGUGAAAUUAUAUUUCGUACUAUUGUAGUUGAAACCAAGUGGUACCUUUAACUCAAACUCACUUCAGGCCCGUCUGCCUCCAAUUCCCAGAAUGCACAUGGCUCAUGUGCCACAAAAAAGGUAAAUUUAUUCUAAUUCCCAACAGUACGAUAGAUUAGGUACUAUGGUCUAGAUUCAGUCAUAAUCCUUAACUUAGACAGUUUGAAAAGUACACUCAAUAGUUGUGAAACCAGGAGCCUAUAUUAAUAUGUGAGUCAAUAAAACAGCUGGAACUGUAAGCAGGGCUCCUCUGUUAUAGAGACAUCUCUCUGGUGUGACUCUCCCUGCUGAAAUGACAGAUAAAUAAAGGACAAAUAAAAUGACACCAUUGUGCAAAUAUGAGUAUAGAAAGUAGCCUAAACCUUUUGACAGUUUAACAGACAACCUUACGUGUGUUUUCCAAAGUGAGUGUCUCCAGAUGUGUUCCUUAGCCUGACCUCCGUAUCGCCCACGAGCCCGUAAACAUCCCCUCCCCGGUCAGCCAGUCCUGCUGAGAAUGUCCAGAUCGUAAUUAUUUCAGACAGACAGCAUCAGGGCCAGGAGGCCUUCCUGCACCUCAGAGAGGUUUGGGGGAAUUUAUGAAUCCUCUCAGCAGCGAGGAGUCACAUCCCUUUAGGAAUUAAAACUCUGUUUCAUGCUGUAUAUUCAGUGGACGGACACUGUUUGUUGAACAUAUACUGCUGUAAUAUAAUACGUUGAGGUUCCAGGAAACUUGGAGAAACACAAACGUUUAUGAAGGUGCGGUUUAAGCCUGACUGUAAGACGCUUAUCACCUACAGUACAGUGUAUAUAGAUAAGAAAGUAGUCUUUUUUUUCUUUUUCAAAUUAUGACCAAAAGCAACUAAACGCAGUCAUCUGACUGGUCAGAAAUGAUGUAAUAAGUGAUUUGUAGCCUCAGUCCUGGGUCCACGCAGAGGCCCAUAAACACGCAGUACUAUACAGCACGUUGGAGGAAUUACUAAAAUAUUUUUGUGCCCCCUGCUUUGGGAGCCUGUGCUGUAAAAUGUUUAUUUUCUGUAAGGCCUGUAUGAUGUGCAGAAUGCAGCCAUUUUGAUUUUGUUUUCCUUAAUCACAGGCUUGUCUUUUAUGUAGAACACGUGCAUGUGUGUGUAUUUGGCACACAAGAACUGUACAAUAGGGGCCUUUUCAAAAUAAUCUGAAAAAGUUCAAACAUUCUAUUAAAAUGUGUUUAAUGUAAAAUA